UCAGCAUUUUGGGGAUUGACUAUUGGAGCUUUAUUCGUACUGCAAAAAGUUGGUUCGCGUGUAAGGUAUCCGUUUGUUUAUACCCUCUCAAUGACGAUUUCGUUUAAUAACUCCUCGAUCUUUUGGAACCCUAGAGUCUUGAAUUAGCACUUCUCUACGUUACUGUUUACCAUGCCGGUGAAGGGAGGUAAAGCAGAACAACCUCCCAUUGUGGUCGACCUUGAGAGCAGCGACGAUGAUUAUGAUGUUAGCAGAGGAGAAGGGAGGAGUAGAAACCUACCUGCUACUAAUGAGCUUGCAACGCAUACUAGAAAUGCAAGUAAUGCGACUAUUGCAACUUUACCGACGACAUCAGGUGGUCAAUUACCUGAUUCCAGGAGUUUCUGGCAAGCUGGGAACUACGAGAUGGGCCAUUCAAAUUUUAGGCCAAUGAAUGCAGGCGAACUGGAACAUGCACGUGUUCAUCCCAAAUUUCUGCACACCAAUGCAACUUCACACAAAUGGGCAUUUGGAGCUAUUGCUGAGAUCUUGGAUAAUGCAGUAGACGAGAUCUGCAACGGUGCAACUUUUGUGAAGAUUGAUAGGACUUAUAGUCCAAGAGAUCAUUCUCCUACAUUAGUAUUCCAUGAUGAUGGGGGUGGGAUGGACCCUGAAGGCCUUAGGAAAUGCAUGAGUCUGGGCUACUCUUCCAAGACAACAGACAAAACAAUUGGACAAUAUGGUAAUGGAUUCAAGACAAGUACGAUACGACUAGGUGCUGAUGUAGUUGUUUUCACUCGUGCCACUAUGUCGGGCCAAACAACUCAAAGCGUUGGUCUUCUUUCAUAUAAUUUUCUACGGAAAACUGGGCAGGAUGACAUCAUAGUUCCUAUGAUUGACUUUGACAUCUCUCAUCAUUGGGCCGAACCAAAACUUUAUAGCUCCUAUGAUGACUGGUCUGCUAACUUGAAAACCAUCCUUGAAUGGUCACCUUUCCAAUCAAAGGAUGAGAUUAUGCAACAGUUUGAAGAUAUUGGAAAUCAUGGAACAAAAGUCAUCAUUUACAAUCUAUGGCACAAUGACGAGGGGAUAUAUGAGUUAAAUUUUGAUGAUGACGAUGAGGACGUAAAGUUGAGAGAUGAAGCCAAUCGUGGCAUGCCGAAGUUGAAGAAGAAAGAAGCUCAGCUACAAUCAAAUAUAUCCUAUUGCAUUCGAUUUUCAUUACGGGCAUAUAUAUCCAUUUUAUACCUCAAAAAGUUCACAAACUUCCAGAUUAUACUGCGGGGAAAACCAGUUGAGCAGGUUAACCUUGCAGAUGAGUUAAGGUAUUCUAAAGUGGUUACAUAUAGACCACAACUUGGUACAACAAUGAAGGAGGUUAUGGUGGUAACAACCGUUGGGUUCAUUAAAGAAGCUCCUUCUAUACCAGUCAGUGGAUUCAAUGUGUACAAUAAAAACCGCCUAAUAAAACCCUUCUGGCAAGUGCUAACUUCUUGUGGUUCAGAAGGAAAUGGUGUCAUUGGAAUUCUUGAAGCUAAUUUUAUACAUCCAGCUCAUGAUAAGCAAGAUUUUGAAAGGUCAACUGCAGUCAUUCGUCUGCAAACAAAGCUUAGGCAGAUUCAAUCAGAAUACUGGAAAAACUACUGUCAUUUAGUAGGAUUCCAACCUGUGAAAUCUACAAUACGGAAGGCACUGAAGAGCUCUGAGGCUCAGUCACCUCAGGGUCACAUAUCUAGUACUACUGAAAGAAAUAUCCAAAAUGGCCAACUUGCUGCAUUUCCCCCUAAUGCACUAGGGAUGCUUGAUGGUAAUUCUGUUGUUGAUCUUGAAGCUACUCCAAGGAAGAAUCUAGGUUCUGUACAAACUGUAAGCAAAUAUGACAGAUCGCAUGAUGUGUAUCAGUCAGGUGGAAAUGCAUCUGUGCAUGAUGUGUAUCAGUCAGGUGGAAAUGCAUCUGAGUCCAAUCAAGGAGUUGCAUCUGUAAAUAAGUCAAGCUCCAAAUCCAUCGACCAGUUAUGUAAGGAGAAUAUUCAGUUAUUCCAGAGGUGUGAGAUUCACAGAGAGAAGGAGAAGGAGCUUACAGCAUUGGUAGAAGAGUACGAGAAGAAGUUGGUCGAAACCAGAAGGAAAUCUGCUCAAUUAUCUGCAUACUUAUUAAGCCGAAAAAAGCAAGUAAAGGUGUGUGAUUAAGUUGAGGAGGAGGUAAAGAAAGAAAAAGCUUCAAUAUCCAAAAGAUGGCAAAGUAGUCAUAUUUUUUUGUAUCUACUACCCCAUAUGAUCAAUCUGUACUUAUAAAUACUACCAGAAUGAAGCUGAUUAUUAAUUAGCUAGAUUUUCUUUGACAUUGGGAAGAGAUAUAGAUUGGCCUAAACAUAAAACUUGCAAUCUCAUUCCUACUUGUUGUUUACAAAUGGAUGGUUACUGACUAUACACUCUUGUUGAUCUAACAA